ACUUGUAAAGAAAAUUAGGAGUUCCGCUCAACAAUGUUCCCGAUUCACAUUGUUUCCGGCAGGGUUAGUCUUUACCGGAAAACAGCAAUCUCGAGCUACUUAAAACCCACUCCUUUUGUUCUGGACUCAGAUUAACAAUCUGAGAUACGUUUAUGCGAUGGUAACUUUUGUUCAAAGAUGGCAUAGAAUUCUUGACGCUAAACUAAGUCCCGGUUCCUCUUUGUAUACAUUGUAAGUAUUGCGUGAAUUUAGCCACGGGGACUUCUACUCCCUGGUGACACCAUGGGGCAUGGUGCUAUAACUCUACUCAGGUGUCUGUUGACUGAAAUGGGAGUCGCUGCCAAAGGACGCGCGGCUAGGCUUGUUCGCCCACUUCUGGGCCGAAUCCGUGGACGGCGCCAAACAAAAGAAAAAAGCCGCGAGCUUUUUUCUCGGGGCUGUUGGUAGGGAAGGUCCCGCGCGUGACGGGCUUGUCCGCUCGGUCCAGUCCGGGCCGUCCGCCAAAUUGCGAGGGUGGCGCUGUUGGGCGAAAAUGUGUGGGGAGAAACGGUUCGGAAUGCAAAGUGGGCGACGAGGAGGAGGGGGCCGGGCUGCGAAGCGCAGACGGAGGGGAGCUUGGGGGCGGGCUGCCGUUCUCGCGCCGGGGCUAUAUAGAGCCCCGAGCGGUGGGAACAUGCUCACUUAGCGGGCGCUGCGCGGAGCCCUGGCGUAGGCGCGAGGUAAAGGUUGCAGGUAGGGCUGGGGAAGGAGGCGCGGAAGAGCGGCAGCAGCUCCCGUAGCAGCCUCCUCUUAGACUCCUUCGGUAUUCUAGCUGAAGCCGGCAAGGUGGUCGCAGCUCGCGCCCUUUUACAGGGGAGCCCAGCGGUGCGCGAGCGGGUGAGGCAGGACGAAGGGGGAUCCUUUUAUCUGAACUUGUACUUUGCUCCUCUACUUUGCCGACUUCCCCUCGUCGACUCGCCGCGCGUAGGUUUGGCUUCUCCUGCAGGAGAGGCAAGGUGGGCCGUUAGGUAACAGGGCUUGUGCUCGCCGCACAAAACAAGCGCUGAGUCAGAGGCGGGGAGGAGUUGCACUCCCUACAGGUCCGUCCCGGCCAGCCAGGUGUCUUUAGAGAGUGUCCAAAGUGUGUGUGUGAGAGAGAGAGAGAGAGAAACUCUUGCCUGCCUCUCUGAAGAGUGGGAGCCACUCUCCCGAAUUGCUCUGGGCCAGGCGCGCCAGAACGGGCUCUUCCUGCUUUUGACUUUUCGAGCCGGUGCUGGGAACCCAGCGCGUUCCCUCCUUCCCUCGCGCCGUCGCCAAACGGGGCUCCCCGAAUCCUCCGAGGCUUCUCGGUCGAAGGGAGGCUCGGCAGCCAUGAACAUCAUCCUGGAAUUCUUCGUGGUCACCUUCAAGGUCCUCUGGGCGUUCGUGGUGGCCGCCGCCAAAUGGUUCGUGCGCGCCAAGGAGAAGAGCGUGGCCGGGCAGGUGUGCCUGAUUACCGGCGCCGGCAGCGGAAUGGGUCGGCUCUUUGCUCUGGAGUUCGCCCGCCGCCGAGCACGCUUGGUCCUGUGGGACAUCAACACGCAGAGCAACGAGGAGACGGCGGGCAUGGUGCGGCACAUCUACCGGGAGAUCUCGGAAGAAGCUGUGGUCGCGGCUCAGAAAGCUGGGCAUGGCGAAGAGGAAGUGCUACCUCCCUACAAUUUACAAGUUCAUGCAUACACUUGUGAUGUGAGCGACAGAGAGAAUGUAUACAAGACUGCUGAGAGAGUCUGCAAGGAGGUUGGUGAAGUCUCAGUCCUUGUGAACAACGCUGGUGUUGUUUCCGGCCACCAUCUUCUGGAAUGUCCUGAUGAGCUUAUUGAGAGGACCAUGAUGGUUAAUUGCCAUGCACAUUUCUGGACCACUAAAGCAUUCCUUCCCAAAAUGUUGGAACUGAACCAUGGGCACAUUGUCACUAUUGCAAGCUCUCUUGGCCUCUUUAGUACUGCUGGAGUAGAGGAUUAUUGUGCCAGUAAAUUUGGAGCUGUGGGAUUUCAUGAGUCCCUGAGCCAUGAACUAAAGGCAGCUGAAAAAGAUGGUAUUAAAACAACACUGAUUUGCCCUUACCUUGUAGAUACAGGAAUGUUCAGAGGCUGCAGAAUUAGAAAAGAAAUAGAGCAAUUCCUUCCACCUUUGAAACCAGAUUACUGUGUAAAGCAAGCUAUGAGAGCUAUACUGACAGACCAACCUAUGAUUUGCACACCUCGUUUGAUGUAUAUGGUUACUUUAAUGAAAAGCAUCCUACCUUUUGAAGCCGUUGUGUGCAUGUACCGGUUUUUGGGAGCAGACAAGUGUAUGUAUCCUUUCAUUGCUCAACGAAAACAGGCCACAAAUAACAAUGAAGCAAAGAAUGAAAUAUAACAUUUUAUAAUGGACUGUUAUUUGUAGCAGAAUUAUUAUCAAAUGCUAGAACUGUAUUCUGGAGUGCACUUGCAUUUAGCAGGAGCAACUGUUAACAUGUUAUCAUGACAUUCUCUUGGAUCCUAUACCUGAAUAGUGAACAGGAAAAACAUUUUUUUUAACAUAUUGUAUGUAGAGUAAUCAGAAUUCCUGAGAACCAUGACAGGCAAAUUUAUAAAAAGUAGUGGUCACUCUUGUUCUUUUUAAACUUUAUUAGAUGUACAGUAAUAUGCUACUCUUUUUAUAAAGAGAAACUUUGUAUGAUUUCUCUUGAGAUGGUCAUGCAAUUAGACGAUUCAAUUGUUUCAUCAAUUGUUCAUUUUCUUGUGAAGUUUUCAUGGGUUUUCAUUUACGUUAUGUAAUGUAGCAGGGCAAUGCUUCAAAAGCUCACUCAGUCUGUGUGGGAUAAUAAAUUUUAAUUAGUUUUUAUUUUUCAAUGUUGCAUAUAUUGAACCUAAAUAUGUCUUCAUUAACAGGAAGUUUGGAAUGCUUUCAGAAUGGAAAGUCAUAAUCCAUACCAUUUCGUUCUGUUACUUAGAUAAGAAUUAUAUGGCUUGUAUUUAAAAUCAACCAUUAUAAAAGCCAACUUUAAUGGGAAUGGAUAGGCAUACAGCUAAAUAGUCUUUCUAGACUAGAUAGUGAAAUCCACUUACCUAUCAUUGAUUACUGUCCAAUAAUCCAUGUUUUUCCUUAAAAUUCAAAAGCAAAUUGAGCUAAGAACAAAAAUAUUGGUCCUCCUGCCAAUUGUCAUAUUAAAGAAUUACAUAAACAAAAUGUAACAUUAGAUGCAACUUGACCAUUAGAAAAACUGUAAAAUGUUUUUUUAAUUGCAUUAUAGAGCAGAAAACAUUUUUUUUACCUUUUUUUGUAAGAACAAUUUUGUGCCUUGAAUUUGGUGAACUGUAUUAGUAGAAUAUUGUAAAGGUGAACUUCUACCUCUAUAUCUAAAUGUAUACCAUUCUUUUGUAAAUUUGUUUUAAAAAUUGUGACUUUUUUUAGAAUGUCAUGUUAAAUACUGACCAACUUUUGUGGUUAUUAAAAUUAUCCACUUGUUCUUUAUGACAU